AUGUUAGACCGGAGAAGCAAGCAGAUCAACCAUGGUGACGAUCUGGACGAUGAAAGUCGCCAAAUUUCGUUCACAACCGAAUGUUAUGCAUGCACUCAAGUAGGUGUUCCGGUGUUCCACUCCACUAGCUGCAACCAAGCUCAGCAACCGGAAUGGGAAGCUUCCGCCGGCUCAUCCCUCAUCCCCAUCCGCAACAGACCGGGUUCCGAGAUCAUCAAGAACCGAUAUUCCUCCGGAAAACGGAGACCACUAUCGUCUUCGGGGUUUUUGUUCAGGCGAGUGUAUGAUCCACGGAGCAAAAGUGUACAAAGGUGGAAUAGGUUUGUGUUGCUUGCUCGUGCUAUGUCGUUGGCUGUUGAUCCAUUGUUCUUCUAUUCGCUGUCAAUAGGCCGUGGGGGUACGCCGUGUCUUUACAUGGACGGCGGUCUUGCGGCGGUUGUGGCCUUGCUGCGGACUUUGAUUGACUGCUUCCAUGUCGUCCACAUAUGGUUACAGUUUCGGGUGGCUUAUGUGUCACGUGAGUCGCUUGUGGUUGGUUGUGGGAAGCUAGUGUGGGACCCGAAGUCUAUCGCAUUGCACUAUGUACGUUCACUUAAAGGCUUCUGGUACGACAUGUUCGUCAUACUACCGGUUCCUCAGGUUGUGUUCUUGUUGGUACUUCCCAAACUUAUACAAGAAGAGCGAAUAAAAACGAUCAUGACCACUCUUCUGCUAGUUUUCAUGUUCCUGUUCCUCCCCAAAGUCUACCACUCCAUCUACUUAAUGAGACGGAUGGCAAAGGUCACCGGCUACAUCUUCGGCACUAUUUGGUGGGGUUUCGCCCUUAAUCUCAUCACUUAUUUUAUUGCCUCUCAUGUUGCCGGGGGCUGUUGGUACGUUUUGGCAAUACAACGAGUGGUUUUGUGUCUUAGACAACAAUGUGAAAACAAAAACUCAUGCGAUCUUACCCUUUCGUGCGCCGAAGUGAUUUGCUACCAUUUUUCAGGAACCUCAGGAAAUCCAUGCAACAGAAACUUCACCAUGCAUGCUGCGACAAUGCCAUUGUGUUUAGAUACGAAUGGACCGUACAAUUAUGGUAUCUAUCAGUGGGCGCUUCCUGUUAUCUCUAGCAACUCACUAAGGAUAAAAAUUCUUUAUCCUAUCUUUUGGGGUUUAAUGAGUCUCAGCACUUUCGGGAAUGAUCUUGAGCCCACUAGUCACUGGGUUGAAGUGAUCUUCAGUAUUUGCAUCGUGCUCAGUGGCUUGAUGCUCUUCACCUUAUUGAUUGGUAAUAUUCAGGUGUUUCUGCAUGCUGUUAUGGCGAGGAAGAAGAAAAUGCAACUGAGAUGCCGAGAUAUGGAGUGGUGGAUGAAAAGGAGACAAUUGCCAUCGCUUCUUAGAAAUAGAGUUCGCCAUUAUGAACGCCAAAAUUGGGUUUUGAUGGGUGGAGAAGAUGAGAUGGAAUUGAUUAAAGAGUUCCCAGAAGGCCUCAGACGAGAUAUUAAACGGUUUUUGUGUAUUGAUCUAAUCCGAAUGGUACCAUUGUUCCAUAACUUGGAAGAUCUUAUUCUUGAUAACAUCUGUGAUCGCGUUAAGCCGCUUGUGUUUUCAAAAGACGAAAAGAUCAUCAGGGAAGGGGAUCUAGUGCAACGAAUGGUGUUCAUUGUUCAAGGGCGUGUAAAAAGCUACCAAAACCUAAGUAAAGGAGUUGUAGCCACAAGCAUCCUGGACCCCGGAGGCUACUUCGGCGAUGAGCUUCUAUCGUGGUGCCUUCGGAGACCAAUGAUAAACAGGCUUCCGUCAUCAUCGGCUACAUUUACGUGUUUAGAAGCUACACAUGCGUUUGGGUUGGAUGCCAACCAUCUUCAGUAUGUUACAGAGCAUUUUCGGUACAAAUUUGCAAACGAGAGGCUGAAGCGUACAGUGAGAUAUUACUCCUCUAACUGGCGGACAUGGGCGGCAGUAAAUAUCCAGCUUGGGUGGAGGAGGUAUAUGGCGAGGAUGAGGCCGGUGAUGACUAUUGUAAGUGCAGAGAAUAAUUGCAGCGACCGUAUGCUUAGGCAGUAUGCUGCCAUUUUCAUGUCAAUUAGGCCACAUGAUCAUUUGGAUUGA